GACAUCGACAAAGAAUUUGCACAAGAGAUCGCAAAGCUCGUUUGGGGAUCUCGCUGAUUUCACGCGUUUCCUUUUACUGUGUGAAGGUAUGAGGAAGGAAAUUUUAAGUCAUAGAAAAUUUAGUAACAGUACUUUUGUUUUUCUAUUUGACAACAAAGUUCUGCAGAUCGUUGGCAGCGACGCUUUGAAACCGAGCAAACCGUGUUCCGAUCGUUCGUGUAAUUUACCAAAUUUAGCUUAGAUAUGGCCGUAUUAACAGCCCUCUUAUAACAUAGUAUAUAUUUCGCCAUUUCCAGAUUCUGUACGUGAUUAUUCUGUCUUAACCCGACCAUCGUUGUUGACAGAUGCGCCUACCCCUAAUCUAACAGACGCCAUUUUGUUGACAAACAAAGCGGAGGGAUAUCUACGUCGUGUGUGAUUAGUCUAGCUAAUAUAAUUGUUUAAAAAAAUACCUUACACUGUAAGUUAGCAAAAAUCGUAAUUGGUACGGAAAACAAUAGUAAGCAUGUGAUUCAUUAAUCAUGAUCAGUCACCUGUUUUAUUUAUUGUUCAAACUUCCCACAUGAUUCAUUGUAUGUAUCUGAGUCAAAUAUUUACAUGAGAACGAUUAUUUACUAGUAUUUCAAAUCAAAUGGAGUAUAUUAAAUGGUAUGGUUUUCUUUUUUUAAAGAAUUCACACAUAGACUCUUAAAUUUACUGACAGGCACUCUUUAAUGUAAACGCAAUAUGUAAAAUAUAAUUUAAUGCACCAGGUUUGUAUUAUUGUAAAGUAAUAUUUAGUUUUUUUUUCACUAUAGUUUAUGUUAUAUUAUCUUUAAUACUUAUAAACGCUAGGAAUGGUUAAAAAUGCAUUUUUUAACUUUGUAAAACCAUUUUGAAAGUAUUUUGCAGGUCCGCGCCAAUAGUGCUUACCUAGAGCUAAAUUAACGAGCGUAAGUCAUUUAAUCUUACGAUGAUAUCCAAAUCCAAAUACAAUUUAUUAACGUUCUUUACCUUUUCAGUUUAAGGUAUUGAGCUAUAUGGUUUCGUUUAUAAUUAUUAAACUCCGGUCCUUAAGGACCUUUUAUACUGAUUGUUCAUAGCUUAUCAGUUUAUCGUAACCUAAAUUAGCGAGGCGCGCUAACGGAAAAUCCACUUUUGCUUUGACUUUAUCAUAAAAUGGAAAAGGAAAUUAAAACAAACCUGAAUAUCUAAUACUAAAAAACUUAUUACGUAAUAUAAAUUUUGUGAUCACUAUUAUUUGUGUUCGUUGGUUCCGUCAAAGUCUUAACAGCAUACAAGCAGAGCUGGGUUUUAUAACGUUCCAAUUCAAUUUAAUUACAUAAAACGCAGUCGGCAACCAGUUAGAAUGUGCCAUUAAUGACUAUGAAACACUGUCUUCCUCAAUCCAAUCGUUCGAAAGUUAUUCAACUUUGAAGAAAUAUAACAAUGGACAUGAAGACUCAAAGAUCGCUGAUCAACCAAGAAGGUUGCCGUAAUGAGUUACUCGAUAGAAAACAAGAUGCAGUAACAGUUAAGGUUAUAGUAGAGGGAAGAGUCAUCGAACCCACGAGCACAAUGGAACGGACCGUCAAAGGCAUUCAGAUGAAACUCAAAAAUGUUAAACAUUUUAAAGGCAUUUUCGUUUUCAAGACAGAAUUAUACGUAAUGUUUCAUCCAUCUGAACAAUAUAUACAUCUAAUCGAGGAUAUACCAAAAACUAAUCUUCAAAUGGCUUUCCCUACACUUCUUGCGUUCCCGUUAUUCAUAACUAAUGAGGACUUCGGUGUUUGUUUUAAAAAUGAAACAUCGAUAAAUCUGUUUGAAAUACUAGAAGAACAUUUAACAGCAAGUAUCAAAAGUAAGUCGUUGUAUGAAGUUAAAUACGAAGAAUUGUCUAAACACCGCACACACUUAGGCGACCUUUCGGAUAUGUUAGAUCAGAUGUCCCGUUAUGGAACGAUAGCAAACGACAAUCUGGAAACUGUUUCACUGAAAAGACGUUGGUUCGAAGAAAACGUGAGCAUAAAGAGAACGAAAAACGUUGCAAUACAGCAAAUAACAGUCGUUCCAGUUUACGGAUCAGAGCACACAAACCCUGCAACUAGGCCGCACGAAGAAGCGGGUGAAACUUUUCCAUCUACUGAGCAACACUCUGCCUCUGCAGACUUAUCACAGGAUCUACAGUCUAAUCAAUACCGUCCAAAUUUGUUUUUUUCAUCAUCAGAUACGUGUAUUCAUCCUACUAUGCCAAGUGGAAUAACGAACAAUUUACAUACAAUGCACUCUUCAUAUUCAAAUGAAGCUCCGUCAGACGCAAAUGACCAUCGCUCAGUUAUUGCACAGGCAACACCGGAUGACGAACUUACUAGCACUCAACACCUUCAUUCACUAAGCAAUACCGAUGAACGUCAAAUAACGGAGCAAAUUGGUAGAAACACGUCGUCAAGUUUGAACGAGCAACAUCAAAUGUUCGAUCGACAUUUCCCAGGCAUGUUACCGGAGACUACACCAAGACCUACACCUCGACCGAGAUCUAGGUAUCCAGCCUACGAGGACGGUUCGGUACGUCAAAGGAGCUAUGCAUCGUGGAGUCGUCAGCUACCAACACCGACUUCGCUUACUAUGGCUGGAUUCUUUUUUACUGGGAAAGAUGACUUAGUGAGAUGUUUCGAAUGCGGAAUCGGGCUGAAGGAUUUCAGUGACGGAGACGACCCCUUGAGGGAGCACACUCGGAACGCACCUACUUGCAGAUUCAUUGUUCGGUACUUUGGAAACCAGUCAAACAUUGAUUCUUACAUUAGCCGCAUGGAAGACCCGGAUGCAAUACGAAGAAGGGGCUUAACUCGAUUUCUGGAUCAGAAAGGUACUUCUGUUACACGUUACGAUGUUAGGAACGAAAGCUUCCGGUCAAUGGCUUCGAGGCUUUCAUCAUACAAAGCAUGGCCAGCGUCUGCUGUUCAACGGCCAUACCAAUUAGCAGAAGCUGGACUGUUUUACACAGGCCGUGAAGACCAUGUGCGGUGUUUUGCUUGUGAUGGUGGGCUCCGGAGAUGGGAUCCUGAAGAUGACCCAUGGAUCGAGCACUGCAAAUGGUUCCCGGCGUGUCCUUAUGCGAGGGGGCAAAAGGGGGACGAAUACAUUGCCCUUGUCCAAGCGUCUAUGGAAACCGACUUAGCAUACAGUGAACCUAAUGAAUACCGUGAACAGACGAGUACUUCAAAUCCCAAUACUCAGCUGGAAGCUGGAAUGGAGAAUAUGACUAUCAAUAGCCCUGCUAACGAAGAGCUUAGAGGUACCUGCACAAGGGAAAUGGGAUUUUCAGACGAAGACUUUGACAAUGCCAUCUCUGAUUUAGUCGAAAAAGAAAACAUACGUCCAACCAUAGAAGACGUGAUUGAGGUCUUAAGUCAGCGACAGACAAACCCAUCGGCAAACCAAAGAAGUCAUCGAGAAAACUUACUUGAAGAAAACCAGCGUCUCCGCAGCAUGCUACUGUGUUUUAUCUGCCAAAGAAAUCAAGUGAACGCCUUAUAUCUCCCGUGCACACAUCAUCGAUUGUGUAUGGAUUGUGUCAGGGAAUAUUCGAAAACAUGCCCUGUGUGUCAAAGACCCGUCGACGAAAUCAUUAAAACAUUUUUGAGUUAAACACGAAAACAACCCACCAAGUACACUUUCAUGUACACCCAGAUUAUGUACAUGAAAGUGUAUUUCAUGUAGACUGUCCAGAAGAAAAAAGACGCUGAAGAAGAAUUGUUCUUUCUCCGUCUUUGUUAAAUCAAUACUAUUGGUCAUCUUUAUAGGUUAAAAACCUCACAUAAGCAUUUACUUUUUAACCUAUAUAGAUUCAAUUAUCUGUUUUACUAGAACUGAAAGCGGGCUCAGCGAUACUAACAAUGUGUUGUCCACUAUGGACCACUGACAUAUAUGUAAAUAUUGUAAAAUAUGUAUUUAGCAUACUUGUUGUUUUUUAUUACAAAUUCAUUGUUACUACAAAGUGUUAUUUAAGAUUUCGAGAAUUGUAAUUAGAAUAUGCGUUGAUAUAUGAUUUAAAUGAAUUGUUUUUCCUUCGCAUCUAGGUUAAAUAGUGUCUAUUUUAUUUACAAAUCGAGGGGUUAUUUAAUGUCUCUUGGAACCUUUUGCAUUUACCUCUCAAACGCAUUGAAACGAAGUGGACUUGUACAAUAUCAUGCGCGUUUAUUAAUCGAAAAGUGUUUACUCAGAAGUAGACGUUAUGUGCAUGUCUUUAUUGUUCUAAGCGUUUUAUUGUUAAUUGUAAAUGUUUGAGUAAUAAGCGUUUUCGUCUUUACUUUGAUACCGGUGUGGCCUCUGUCCGUAGUUGCGUAACUGCUUGGUAAUGGCCCGAGGGAAUGGUGCCGUUCUUAACCCAUUAAUUGCAUAUGUAUUGGUCGGAAAAAUAUGACUAUUGAUGAUUACAAACUGUUCAUCAAGGUUGAUUACUGUAAAGAAGAUAUAUACUGGACGCAGGGAUUUGUAGCUUUGAUAACAGAGUGAUUCCCCAUGUCUCUACAUUAACUUGUUAAAGAUACCUUUUUUAGCGAAAUAUUAUAUCUUCGUAAAAUUAACGUAAUUUUGUAGUUGUCUUAUUGAGCUAUUGAUAAACGAAUGCAUUAUAAAAACGAUGACAUUUAGUGCUUAUAAAAACAUCACCAUGUCAUUAAUAAGAAAGUAAAAACACCAACAUCAAUUUCUUUUCCGUCAUGUUUCAAACACAAUUACUGACCAUGAGUCAGAUUUUAACGUUAAACGACUCUGUUCGGCCAGUUUCUUCAAACCAAAUACUUACCAACAAAUCAAUGGCUCAGACGAAUGUCUCUUAGUUGUUUCUCAAACGGUAAAUGCGCAGUUCUACCGGUAACAGCCGAAUUUACCAUGCGCCAUCGUCAGCGUCUAUACAAACAGGAGAAGGUCAGCGUGUUUGUUCAGAUGUGAUUUUGUUAAAGACACUGUGCGGGCAGAGUUAUUCAUGUGAUUACUAAAAUUUAUCGUUUGUUUAGUAGUUACAAAACGUAGCUGAUGUGCUCUUUGUCCACAAUGGCACACACAUCGGGCUUAAUCAUCGGGCCAGUACCAACCACGUGUGCACAUCGGCACAGUCUAUUAACACCUUAUUAUGAAUAACCAAGCAAUACUAUUUUACAUAUUUGAUGCAUUUGGGGUGAUUCGAGUUAUGUAUUCCAACGUCUUGUUCAUCCAAUAAAAGUGUAAUAGUC